CUAGGAACGAAGUGCACGAGGCCAGUCAGGAUGAACUGGACAUAAUUUUCAUCGACUGCACUCUGGGCCCUGGCAUGACUCGACUCAAUCCGUUACCACGGCCAGAUCAAUCCAAUCGCGGCCAUCCACGACCCAAGUCGAUCAUCAAGCAAUCUGUCCAAGGCGCCCGCGCCCCCAGCACCCACGAACGCCCGCUCAUGUCCAGCUUGCAGGGGCCCCUUGCUGGGCUGCCCAUCGUGGCAGGCAGGUGGGUGGGCUAGAGCAGGCGGAGCCACCAGUGAUGCACAUCUCCCGCCCUCGGACGCUCACCUCGCCCCGGCUCGCCCCACGCGCAUCGAGGGCAACCCUGCAAAUA